CAAAAAAUUUUCUCUUCAAAAUUGGAGUUGGAAAAACCAAUACCUAAAUUCUCUUCUCAAAUCAAACCCCCGUAACCCGUGGAUGGAGAUUUCUUCUGUUGCUGCAAAUUAGAAUGGCGAGAAUCAUCAAAAAAGCUGCUUCAUCUUUAACCCCGGUAUUACUGGCGUAUACGAGGAGGACUCCUUGUAGAAAUUACAGCUCUUCAUCCAUCUUCAGCAAUCCGCAAUUGAAGAACAACAUAAGCCGUAGUUUAAUUUAUAGACAAGAUCGGCCUCUAAAUCUUCAGUUGUUCUCUUCUCACGCUGAGAAUAAUAAGGGACCGUCCAGUUCCGAUAAAAUCAUAGCUGAAGAUCUUCUUCACAAGGUUGUGCAGACACCAAGUGAUUUUCCCUUCAAAAUUGAAGAUAAACCUGGAAGGCAAACCGUAAUAUUGACUAGAGAAUACCGGGGUGAUGAUAUCAAAGUCAUAGUUCACAUGCCUGCAGGUUGUUCCUCUACUGUCGAAGAAAGAGGUGAUGAAUACAAGGAUACUGUAAGUGAUCCACAAUCCAGCAUUCGCCUAGUUGUAUCUCGUACGAAUCAUUUCUGGACUACUUUGGAGUACGGUGUCAUUGCUUAUCCAGAUGACUUUUCGAUAGACAGUUUCUGUAUCAAGUACGCAAAUGCUCCAGAUGAAGAAAAUAUCUAUUACAGAGGACCUGCCUACGCGAAACUGGAUAAGAACUUGCAGAAAGAAUUCCACAGGCGUUUGAAGAUCUUAGGGAUUAUACCGAGCACCACCAGAUUCUUACAUGAGUACAUGGCUAACAGGGACAUGUGCUCGUCAGAUUCAGCCAAUUCGCCUCCUCCUACUGAUCAAUCUACUCCCGAAUCCAUUGAAACAACAAUCAUUAAUGAUGAAGGGAUUCCUGUCCACUAUGUAGUUGAAGUGUAUAGACAAAGAGGACAUCCACUUGUCAGUGCUGACGAUAUCCGCAACAGUGGAAAGAAUCCCAAAGACUUCAUCUGGAUUCCUUAUCCACAUACUCGUAGUGAGAAGCUAUUGUGGAUUGAAGUUCCUAGCGAAGGUUUCUUUGCUUCCGAAAGUGAACUUCAAGAAGACACUGAACUUGACAUUGCUAUUGGGCGUGAGGAAGAUUUAUUGUUCCUUGAUGGUGAAGAUGACAAUCCUUAUAGAUGUUUACCUCCCAAAGAUGCUUGGGAUCCCCCUGUUUUCUCAGAAGAGAUGGAUAAGAUAUUGUAUCCUGAUCUGAAACAUAUGAAAGAUGUGCCUGAUUAUGAGAAGGCUCGGGAAAAAUGCAGAGUUGCCCUAAAAGCACACCAUGAUGAGAUGGAUAAGAUAAUGUAUCCUAAUGGACGUCCGCCUGUUGUUGAAAUGAGUGAUUUAGAACUUGAACAUUAUCAAGUAUGGGAUAUGUAAAUUAGAACUCGAACAUUAUAAGAAAUCUCUUCAAGCUUUGAUCUCUCAGUAUGAAGGAUCUUUCUCAAAUAUUAGCUCUCCAGAUCCAAAUGAUGAUUUAUCUGAUAAUGAACAUGUCAAUUUUGAAGUU